CAUUUAACAAAUGAUCAUGUUGGGCGAAAAUCGACUGGGAAUCUAUGUUUGACAUGCUGCUGGGAGAAUUGUGAUGUUUCUGUAAUUAAACGAGAUCACAUCACUAGCCAUAUUCGAGUUCACAUUCCACUGAAGCCUCACCGCUGCACUUUUUGCGAAAGGACAUUUAAGCGGCCGCAGGACCUAAAGAAGCAUGAACGGACUCAU